UCUGGUUCUCGCCCUCUCGCACGGAAGUCUCGCGCAUAACUGGCAGCCACGGAGGCGCGACGCAACGUAAACAACGACUGGAGCGACGAGAGGGGAACCGACGGCCCUCAGGCUGAGCUGAUUUGGAUUUCGGGCGAAGAGAAGCGUCGAUUAAUAAAAUGACCAGAGGAAACCAGCGUGAGCUUGCACGCCAGAAAAAUGCCAAAAAGAGCAACGAGCAUGGCAAAGGGAAGAGGGUCGAGGACGGGCUGUCUGCUGCUGCUCGCAAGCAGAGGGAUGCCGAGAUAAUGCAACAGAAGCAGAAAAAGGCUGAUGGAGGAGGAAAAGGAGGCACGUCCAAGCCUGAGUCCAAGUAAAGAAUGACGUCGGAGACGAAUUCAGCUCAGUGUUUCAGUAACAUCCCAUGUUCAGCAUUGUUCCUGAUAUAUAUGAGAAUGGAUCUGCCAUCUUUGUCUAGACUCAAGAAUCUAGGAUCCUACAUUCUUCCCUAUGGCAAAUGACAUUGCUUGUUGGAUUUGUUAAUUUACAUGGUGAAAUUUAUGUCUGAGCAAGUUUAGCGGUUGUCCCACAAUGGUUCUGCAUGCAGAGGAGCAUCAGUGGUGUAAGCAGCAGGAGAAAGAUGAACAAUUCUCGACACAAAGCAUCCAUUAUGACAGUUGCGUAUUUUUGUACAAAAAUGUCCCCUGCUGGUUUUAAAUAAAGUGUAUCUUUUUAGUUCA